AUGACCAAUUUGACAAUACAUAGUUCUGAGCGGACAUUAUUUGGCACUGAUGGUAUUCGUGGUAUUGCAAAUACUUGGCCGAUGGAUAGCCAAGCAGCUCUAAUGGCAGGUAAAGCUAUCGCGGCCUGGUUUAAACAAGAUCAAAGACGACAUAAAAUUGUUAUAGGAAAAGAUACACGUUUAAGCGGUUAUAUGAUUGAGACAGCUCUUGCAUCCGGACUGGUUGCUAUGGGCGUUGAUGUUUACCUUGUUGGGCCAUUACCAACACCUGGUAUUGCUUUUAUUACCUCAGGUAUGCGUGCAGAUGCUGGCGUUAUGAUUAGCGCCAGCCAUAAUAGCUACGAGUACAAUGGUGUUAAAAUUUUUGAUCGUUCAGGUUUUAAACUAGAUGAUGCCGCUGAGUACCAAAUAGAGCAGUACAUGAAACAAGCGGAUUCUUUAGAAAAAUAUUUAGCUUGCCCUCAAAAACUAGGCAAAGCCUAUCGCAUUGAUGAUGCAGUUGGUCGCUAUGUUGUUUACCUAAAAAGCUCUUUUCCGAGAGCUUUAACACUAGAUGGUCUAAGGAUUGUCGUUGAUUGUGCAAACGGAGCUACGUAUAAAGUUGCUCCAGAGGUCUUCAGCGAACUAGGAGCAGAUGUUCAUCCUGUAGGUGUUUCUCCAAAUGGAAUGAAUAUUAAUCUUGGUGUUGGGUCAACAGAUACUGCUUUAGCGCAAAGGCGUGUCCAAGAAAUUGGUGCCGAUUUAGGGAUUGCAUUAGAUGGAGAUGGCGAUCGCUUAAUUUUAAUUGAUGAAAAUGGCAAAAUUGUUGAUGGAGAUGCUGUUCUUGCCUUUGUUGGUCGACAUUUAUUAGAACACGGAAAGCUUACUAACAACACGGUUGUUGCAACAGUUACAAGCAAUUUAGGCUUAGAUUUUGCAAUUCAGUCUAGCGGUGGUACUGUUGAGCGUACAGAUGUUGGUGAUCGCUAUGUUGCCCAACGUAUGCGUGAAGUUGGUAGUAAUUUUGGUGGUGAAUCUAGUGGCCAUCUUAUUUUUAUGGAUGAAAGCACUACUGGCGAUGGUACAUUAGCAGCGUUACAAAUUUUACAAGUAAUGCAAGAAUCUGGAAAACCAUUGUCUACGUUAGCGUCUUUGAUGGAACCGAUACCUCAAAUUACAAAGAAUUUAUCUAUAAUACGUAAGAUUCCUUUUAGCGAAAUGCCAGAAAUUUCAAAUCUAACCAAAAAAAUUGAACAGAAAUUAAAAGGACGAGGACGGGUACUUUUACGUUAUUCAGGUACAGAGGACCUUAUACGUAUCUUACUUGAGGGAGAAGAUAAAACACAACUUCAGGUCUAUGCAGAUGAACUUACCGAUAUACUACAACGUAUGCUUGGAGAAUAA